GGGGAGGGGCGUGCCGUCGUAUGUAGGUAUGUAUCCUGUUGUCAGUUGAUUCAGUUUCCCAACUCUAAGACGAAGGCCUCCCGGUCCGGCAGAUACAUAUUGAGCUGCUCUUCCCCCACACACCCUGCCACCGCCGUCCCUCCGACUCAGGAUUUUUCUCUCACUCUCUUCCCUUUUCUCCCUUUUUACUUUACGCCUCUUCUCACGAACUCUACCUCUCCGUCCCGCGCAUCCAUCCACAAAAACAAACACUAGAGAAGGAGCUUGGGAGCCCAUCGCAUCAAACGGCACAUCCCCCUGCUUGCGAGGACGGCUGAUUUUGCUUUCCCGUCUUUUUUCUCUUCUUUCGAGUCACACACGCACGCAUACAUACACAAUGCCAGUUGCCGAAGGUAACCCGCAGACUCUCUACGACAAGGUCCUCCAGGCCCACGUCGUAGAUGAGAAGCUGGACGGCACUAUUCUGCUGUACAUUGACAGGCAUCUCGUUCACGAGGUCACUUCUCCUCAAGCCUUCGAGGGUCUAAAGAACGCUGGCCGCAAAGUCCGUCGCCCGGACUGCACUCUUGCGACCACCGAUCACAAUGUCCCCACAUCGUCGCGGAAAGGUAUGAAGGACAUCGGCUCUUUCAUCGCCGAAGACGACUCCCGAAUCCAGUGCAUGACCCUUGAGGAGAACGUUAAGGACUUUGGCCUCACCUACUUCGGCCUUGGCGACAAGCGACAGGGUAUCGUCCACGUCAUCGGCCCUGAACAGGGCUUCACUCUGCCCGGCACCACCGUCGUGUGCGGUGACAGCCAUACCUCGACCCACGGCGCCUUCGGUGCCCUGGCCUUCGGCAUCGGCACCAGUGAGGUCGAGCACGUCCUGGCCACCCAGUGCUUGAUCACCAAGAGGAGCAAGAACAUGCGGAUACAGGUCGACGGCGAGCUGGCCCCCGGCGUCAGCUCUAAGGACGUCGUCCUGCACGCCAUUGGCAAGAUCGGCACCGCCGGCGGCACCGGCGCCGUCAUCGAGUUCUGCGGCUCCGUCAUCCGCAGCCUCAGCAUGGAGGCCCGCAUGUCUAUCUGCAACAUGUCCAUCGAGGGUGGCGCGAGAGCCGGUAUGGUCGCCCCCGACGACAUUACCUUCGAGUACCUCAAGAACCGUCCCCUGGCCCCCAAGUACAACUCGGACGAGUGGCACCGCGCCGUCAAGUACUGGAAGUCUUUGCAGUCCGACGCCGACGCCAAGUACGACAUCGACGUCUUCAUCGACGGCAAGGACAUCAUUCCCACCGUCACCUGGGGCACCAGUCCCGAGGACGUCAUCCCCAUUACCGGCCGCGUCCCCGACCCCGAGACUUUCUCUACUGAGAACAAGAAGGCCGCCGGCCGCAGAAUGCUCGAGUACAUGGGCCUAACCCCCGGAACCCCUAUGGAAGAUAUCGUCGUCGACAAGGUCUUCAUCGGCUCCUGCACAAAUUCCCGCAUCGAGGACCUGCGCGCCGCCGCCCACGUCGUCAAGGGCAAGAAGAUCGCUGCCAACAUCAAGCGCGCCAUGGUCGUACCUGGCUCCGGUCUCGUCAAGACCCAGGCCGAGAAGGAAGGUCUUGACAAGAUCUUUGAGAGCGCGGGCUUUGAGUGGCGCGAGGCCGGCUGCAGUAUGUGCUUGGGCAUGAACCCCGAUAUCCUUGCCGCCAAGGAGAGAUGCGCUUCCACCAGCAACCGAAACUUCGAGGGCCGCCAGGGUGCCGGAUCCCGCACCCACCUCAUGUCCCCUGUCAUGGCUGCCGCCGCCGCCAUCGUCGGCAAGCUCGCUGAUGUCCGAAAGCUUGCGGGAUACAAGGCCAGCCCCCACAUUGAGGCCGCCAUCACCCCCGACAGCGAGCCCCACGUCGACGAGCGCGUGCAGGAGAGCGACUCGGAGAAGGAAGCCAUCGCCGACCAGCCCCAGGACAACGAGCCCCACACCAACACCUCCGUCUCGGCCGGUACCUCUGCCGGGCUCCCCAAGUUCACCAACCUCAAGGGCAUCGCCGCCCCGCUGGAGAUGUCUAAUGUCGACACCGACGCCAUCAUCCCCAAGCAGUUCCUGAAGACCAUCAAGCGCACUGGCCUCGGCAAGGCCCUCUUCUACGCCCUGCGCUUUAACGAGGACGGUUCCGAGAACACUAACUUCGUCCUGAACAAGGAGCCCUACCGCAGCGCCAAGAUCCUUGUCGUCACCGGCCCCAACUUUGGUUGCGGAUCCUCGAGAGAGCACGCCCCUUGGGCCCUUAACGACUUUGGCAUCCGUUGUGUCAUUGCGCCCUCGUACGCUGACAUCUUCUUCAACAACACGUUCAAGAACGGCAUGCUGCCCAUCAUUAUCUCAGACAAGGAGAAGCUCGAGAGAAUCGCCGCCGUGGCGCGCUCCGGCAACGAGGUCGAGAUCGACCUGCCCAACCAGCUCAUCAAGGACUCGGACGGCAAUACCCUCUCCAGCUUCGAUGUCGAGGAAUUCCGGAAGCACUGCCUCAUCAACGGCCUCGACGACAUCGGCCUGACCAUGCAGCAGAACGACAAGAUCGCCGACUACGAGCGCCGCAUGUCCCAGCUCACCCCCUGGCUCGACGGCACCGGCUACCUCAAGAGAGACCCCAAAACGGGCCGUCUCCUUGCCAAGGCCGUCCCUGUCCCCAAGACGAACCGGGGCGAGACCAAGACGGAACCCCUCGAGUGGUGAAAACUCGAUGCAACAAAACGGGGGGCUGGCUUUGAAUUGAUAUUACAAAGGAGUUAUCAUCAUGUGACGUGUCUACGAUGCGGAUUUUCUGGGUUUUACGGGCUUUCUCUUUUUUGGGCGUGUUCAUCGUCCAAGGCAUACGUGUGUCCUCCACCCAUGCCGGCAGCGAUUUGGGGAAACUUAAAUAAAGAUCAAGGAAGGGGUGGGCAGGGUAAUUGGUACAAAAAGGCGGCUUUUCCCACACAUCACAAAGCUUUGCCCGGGAAAAAAGUUUUACGAAGUUUUUUUUUCCCGAGAUUAAAUGCGUAGUAGCCACAAACAAAGCUUCUUUUUUAUUUUUUCGCGAGA